AUGAAGUUCAACAACAUCCUACUUCUUUGGUCCUUUGUUUUGUCAGUUGCUGUGGCUGUUCACCCAUUUGCUAAAAACUGGGAAAACAUUGAGUAUUCUAAAACCAUUGACGUUGCCAAGUCCUUUUCCAAGGAGAAACAUAUUAUUAAAGUGAAAAACAUCAACACAGAGCCUUCAAAACAAUACAUUUUUGCUGUUCCAAAAGAUGUUAAGAAGCAUAUUACUUUGGUGGUGGGAUUGUAUCAAACGCCUGCUGGCAAGAACUCUUUGCUUCAACCUAAAGCCAUGCCAAUCAGUGAUGAUGACUUGGUGUAUUACAUGCUUGAAUUGCCUUAUCCUAUUGCGCCGGGUUCGCAGUUUGACUUUGCUAUUUCUUAUAUUAUUACAAACCAAUUCACCCCUUACCCAGAAUUUAUUGAAAUGGAAGACAAUCAAGUGCUAAAAUUGUCUACCAAUGCUUAUCCGUUGUCUCCAUAUGAUACGCAGUCAUAUGAAUUGAUCUUUUCUCACAUAAGAGAGUACCAGGAGUUAAAUGCUAACAGUUUCACUCAUGAUUUAGUUAAAUCUGAAAUUGGAAGCAGUGCUGUGAAAUACUCUUCUUCAAGUGCUAUCCCAGCGAACUCUCUAUUUACUCUUGAUGUCACGUUUGUUAAGAAUGCUCCUCUACCUUUUAUUAAUUAUUUAAAGAGAGAUUUGUGGGUAUCACAUUGGUCUGGUGUUUUACAAUUGGUUGAAUAUUACGAAUUGACAAACCAUGCAGCAAAACUUUCCAAAGGUUUCUCAAGGGCAAAAUAUUUAGCUAGUGGUAUUGCAUCUAAAUUACAUCAUUGCAUUGCUGUGUUGAGAAUUCCAUUCGACAAAUCAAAGAAAAUUGAGGAAAACUCCAUGUAUUAUGUGGACAAAGUUGGUAAUGUUUCCACUUCUCAAUUCAACUCUGAUGAAUUACUUAUUCGUCCAAGGUUCCCUAUCUUUGGUGGAUGGCAUUAUAACUUCACCAUUGGAUGGGAUUAUGCUUUAAACCAAUUUGUCAGACAGAACAAUGAAGAAUACAUUUUGAAAGCAAAUAUUUUAGAUGGUAUUUACGAUGCUACGUAUGACCAGGUUGAACUUAAUGUGUAUCUUCCUGAAGGUGCUGAAAUCAUUGAUUAUGCUUUACCUUUUGGCAUAGACGAACCAACAAUUUCUCAUGAAACUUCAUAUUUGGAUGUUGGCACUGGUCAUACUAGAAUUACCUUCAGGAUUGAAAAUCUUAUUGAUGAGAUGAAAAACUUAGUUGUUGUAUUACGUUAUAGGUACACAACUUACGCAAUGUUCUACAAGCCAUUGCAAGCCUCAUUUUACAUAUUUCUUGCGUUGAUGGGACUCUACAUCCUGAAAAAAAUUGAUAUCUCAAUUAAACCGCAAAAGAAAGAAGAAACUGAAAAUGUAAUUAUAAGUGAAGCAGUGAACUAA